UGUCGCUGGCUUUUUGUAGACGAAAUAAAGCAGUCGAGCUGGCACCGCAGGAAGUCCCGCUCCUCUUCCAGGUCCUCAAUUCGUUUCUGAAGCCAGGAGUUUUUCUCCAUAGAAAUCUGCAGCUGCGUCCGAAGCGAUGCCCGCAAAGUACGACGGCCUGUCCCACUGCAAGCUUGCCCUGGUGUUUGCUGUGCUGAUGGACCUUCUGGGUGUCAUAUCCCUGCUGCUCGGGGUCUUUGCACCACUGGAGAUCCGAGGACGAGACUUUGGGGAUUUUCUAGUGUACUCAGGAGCUCUGCUGGUGCUUCUGUCCUUGGCCUGUUGGGUCUUGUGGUACAGCGGCAACAUUGAGGGUCUGACCUCACGCAAGGAACUGGGGGGUGCUAUGGGCAGCGCUGUGGACCGCCUGGCCCGUUCCUUGAGCAGGAGGAUAAGACUACCCAGGACUCGGAGCAGUCCGACAUAAACACUGGAUUACCUGCAUAUACGCACUGCCUAAAGCAAAGAAUUGUUAUUAUGUACAGGGCCCAACAAUUGGAUUAAAUAAAUCGUACCGAAAUACAUACGCGUUUGUAUAAUAUUCGGCAGUCAUCCUCAUUAUAGUACAAGCCAGAACUGAAGCUAUGAAAUAAAUCUUUUUUAUGUACAAGAAUGAUUUCAAAUAAACAUUAGUUCAACCAUAUGCAACACUGCAUUCAAAUACUGCAUACAACACAGGAAUUAACACAUCUUUGGCUUCAGAGAUGGCAUUAAAAUAUUAAAACAAUCAACCCCCAACAGAGAAAACCAUAUGAAUAAAUAGAUACAAUAUGCACUUAGGCUCACUUUUAAAGUGUUGAGUUAUUUGCAUGUACUAGUGUUCACCUCAUUAACAAUGUACUUAAAAGAAAUAAUAUAUACAAAGAAGAUGAAUGAACAAUGCUGCAAUCAUCUGCUUGUGUUCAUGAUCUACAUAUGGGUUAAUGACUUCUGAAUGAAAAAUAAAUACAAUAUGUAUAUCUGGCAGAGAUGUCCUUUAAAGUGUAUCCGAGUGAAAGCAUCUUUACUGCCAUCAAGUAACAGAAUUGUGACACGUUUGAAUAACACCGACAGCAGAAAAGGCACACGAGGCUUUUUUGGGGGAACAAUAGAAGAUUUGACCAAGUAUGUGGCAUUUGAGUCAUAUUAGACGGCAGAGUUGGUCACAAGCGUGGCCGGAUUCUGCCAAAUGAUCAUGUGACUGCGUUCGAAUCGCUGUGGCGUCACCUGGCACAACUCCACUGACCCGUCGCUCUCAUCGUCACCUUGGGGCAAAAGAAAAAUCAGUCAAAAAAGGUCACACUAGUUUAUUUUCUUUUGACUCACCGAUACGGAAGUUAAUGUAGCCUUCCCCUCCACUGAGGAUAAGCUGAGAGCUUGUAACGUCUUUGCUAGCAGUCGCCAUCAAGCAACCUGAGAUUUAAAAAAAAAAAAAAAAAAAA